AUGCUGAUUGGGGAUCUGAACGGGAGAAUCGGUCAAGUUGCAGGAACAAUUAACGAAGCAAAAGGAAUUAAUAGGCAGACUAAAGAUGUAGUGUGCAAUACAAGAGGAAAACGAAUAAUUGAACUGUGUGACUCGUUUGGAUUGAGAAUUCCAAAUGGAACAAUGCCCAGUGACGUUUCUGGUGAUUUUACUUUUGUUGGUGGUCAAAGUUCAUCAACUAUUGAUUAUUCAAUGAUAGGCGAAGAUUGGGAACCCUUUGUGACUGAUUUCGAGGUGCGAGAACUUCCAUACUCAGACCAUCUGCCGAUAGUCGUUACCUUACGGAUGACUGAACAUUCAACUGUAGUAAAUAACAUCGACCAAUUACUUCCUAGACUCAACUGGAAACUCUCAAAAGCCUUAUUAUACAGACAACGUUUGGACAUGAAUCUACACAACCGCCAAAAUACGGACUUUCGCUUGCUAGAUCAAAUUGUUAAGGCAUCUUAUCCACAGCAGCAGAUAAGUACUACACGAAACAAAAUAAGGGUAGAGCCUUGGUUUGACGAAGAAUGCCAGAAGGCACGCAGAAUUUCAUUCGCAUGGCUCAGGAAUUUCAGAAACUCACCUCAAGGUCAAUUUAGAAACAUAUACAUCGAAGCUAAUACGACAUAUAAAAAACUGUGCAAAAGCAAAAAGCGAGAGUAUGAGGAACGACAAGCGGCCAGGUUGGCCUCCUGUAAUAAUGCAUCAACGUUUUGGAAACUUGCGUGGGAGCUAAAUGGUAAAAAACCGCCAAUACACAAAAAUCUGUGUGCAAAUAUGCUAGCCGAACACUUUCGGAAACUCCUCAACCCAGAAAUGAUGCCAUCUAUCUGGCAAUAUGCAACACCUGGUAUAACCAAUGAAAUAUUGGACUCGCAGUUUACUGCACAAGAAUUGGAGCAAGCGUUAUGUACUCUGAAAGAUGGGAAAGCAGCAGGCGCAAACGGUAUCCCAGCCGAAUUUUACAAAUAUGGCACUUCUGCACUUAAUGAUCGACUUCUUACGAUGUUCAAUAAAGUCAUAGAGGGGAAUUUGGUAGUAAAUGAAUUUCAAGAAGCUGUUAUAUUCCCAAUACAUAAGAAAGGAUCAUACGCGGAUGCUUCAAACUAUCGGGGCAUUUCCUUCUUGAAUGCAACAUAUAAAAUUCUUACAACGAUGAUGCAGAAAAGGCUCAACAAGUGGAUUAAGUCUCAGAACAUACUGAAAGAGUUUCAAGUAGGUUUUAGAGCAGGCUACUCUACAAUGGACAAUAUUUUUGUACUCCGAAGUCUUGCAGAAAGCUUUAUCGCUCAAAAAAAGAAAUUAUAUGUAUUUUUCAUCGACUUUCAAGCGGCAUUCGAUACAAUAAAUAGAGGUGCCUUAUUCUACAAGCUAUAUAACGCGGGGUUAUCGAUGAAAUUUGGACGUGCGCUAGAGAAUCUCUAUAGAGGAACACGAGCGGCUGUAUGGAAUGGUGCAGAGUUGUCAGAUUGGUUUGUGACCUCAUCCGGAGUAAGGCAAGGCUGCACAUUAAGCCCCACUUUGUUCUCACUUUUUAUAAAUGACCUGAUUGAUUAUCUUCCUGGUGGCGUGGAUUUCGCAGGAACACAUAUGAAAGCCUUAUUAUUUGCAGAUGAUAUUGUCAUGUUUGCGUAUUCGCCGGAAGCGUUACAGCUCAUGAUAAACAGGUUACAUAAUUAUUGUUGCUUAUGGAACUUAAUCGUUAAUACGCAAAAGUCUAAAGUGAUGAUAUUUAAAAACGGUGGUGAAAGAAAUGCUUCUAACGAGAAAUGGUCAUUUAACGGAGAAGCCUUAGAGUGUGUAACCGAAUACAAAUACCUAGGGGUAAUUUUUACGAGAAGUUUGAGCAUGCAGAAGCAUUUAACUGUGAAGUUAGAAAAGGCGAAAACAGCCAUUAACAUAUCAUGGAAAAGAUGCUUCAUGAACAGAAACAUUGCGCAUAGCAGUAAACACAAGGUAUUUGAAGCAGUAUCUGAGAGCAUACUUUUAUAUGGCGCACAAGUUUGGGGAUGUAUGAGAUUUCAAACGGUGGAAAAACUCUUGACACACUAUAUUAAAAGGAUAUUUAGCUUACCAGUCAACACACCAAAUUACGUGGUAAUGCUCGAAACAGGACUAUCACCUUUACACAUAAAGACCUUGAAGUUGCAAGCCGAUUUUCUUCAGUACAUAUUCAAUUUAUCAGAAUCCAGAUUAGUCAAGAAGGUAGCUAUCAGUGCCAUACACGAACGAAACAGCUGGUAUAGAGAGUGGUCAAAACUAGCUGAAGAAUGCAAUUUAAGCUUUGAUUUAAACCUGGAAAACAUUGGUAGUUGCAAGACUCUCUUCUACAAUGUAAUCUCGAAGGUGGAUGAGAAAUGUAGAGCUGAAUAUAUAGCGGAAGCCUCCAGUUCCAUCUGCAGAACAGUUUACAGUAGAUUAAAUCACAAUUUGGCAGAGAAAAACUAUUUUCAUGACUCUAAUAAGGUUAAUGUUACCGCUACAAUGGUCAGACUUCGCAGCGAGCUUAUCAAUCUGAACUUCAUACCUCACAGACCUGAUGUACCAUUAGAAUGCAGCAUUUGCAACAUGAAAGAAAGAGAAGACGUAAUUCACUUUUUGGGAAGAUGCCCAACUCUGAAAGAAACCAGAAGAAGCGUUCUUGGAAGCGAUGUUUUAUCUGAAGAGCAAGUCCUGGACGAAUUGAAUCAAAUGAAAGUUAAUAGAAUUUAUGAAUAUUGUGUAAUUGCGCUCAGAUAUAGAGCAAGAAUAAUUAACGAAGAUUUUUGA